CCGCUAGAUGGCGCUGAUCCAAAUAUUGAUUACUAAAUGAGUACAGUUCACAGUGGACAGUCGAGUCGAGUAAACGGCAUAUCCCAUCAAAAUGUACCUUAAUGUACAUGUAAAUACCUGUGCCGUUUCCUGAGAUUACCGAGAGCGAGCCACCCGGGGCGUUGUUCGCGAAGACGACCCCCGAUCAUUGUGUCAGUCAAAUGAUGAGCUGACGCUGCAGUGGCGAUCGAUGUGCCACAAAGUGCACAUAUUAUUGGAGUGAAGAAAAUAAUAAGUACUGAGGUACUUAAAUACUUGUGUGCAUUGUGUUGAUUUUAGGGAUAGUAGUGUGAUUAUUUGGCAAAUAUUGUGGUGGUGCAAUGGCAGCUGAAAUCAAACCCGCGCCCGGCGUUAACCAGGACAAAUUUAGCAGCAACAGAAAACCGAUCCUACUGUCAAAGCUCGAGGGCUGCGAUGACGACGUCAACGCGGCAGUCAUUAUACCUGGAGUAGACGGCGUUAUCAGUGUCUGCGAUGACAGAACUGUUAGAGUUUGGCUGAAACGGGAUUCGGGUCAAUACUGGCCAAGCGUAUGCCAGUACAUGGUUGCAGGUGCAACCUCUAUGGAUUUUUGUCCACAAACUAGACAGUUGUUUGUUGGUCUUGAAAAUGGUUCUAUUAAUGAGUUUAUAAUGGAAAGUGACUACAAUAGAAUGACAUCCGUCAGAGAGUAUUUAGCUCAUCAAGGAAGGGUUACAGGUGUCAUAUUUGCCUCAAACUCUGAAUGGGUAUUGAGUAUUGGGAGGGACAAAAUAUUUCAAUACCGGAGUACCAAGAAUGGAAAAUUAAUUGGAAAUUUCCAAACUGAUGUCUGGUACACAGCAUUGCAAUUUGAUGCACAGGCACAAUAUGCUUUUGUUGGAGACUACUCGGGCCAAAUACAGAUGUUAAAACUUGAAAAUAAUGGUUGCAAUUGUAUAACGACGUUCAAAACUCACACUGGAAGUAUUAGAUCUUUAGAAUGGGAUAGUGAAAAGCAACUAUUAUUUUCGGGUAGUUUUGAUCAAAGUAUCAUUGUAUGGGAUAUAGGUGGUCGCCAAGGAACUGCUUAUGAGUUACAAGGGCAUCACAAUAAAGUUACAGCCUUGUGUUAUGCAAGUGCUCAAAAUAUUUUAUUCUCUGGUGGAGAAGAUGGUGUGAUAGUUUGCUGGGAUAUGGCAGCUAAUAGAAAUGAAACAGCUAACUGGAUUGAAUCAAACACAUGUCAAGCGUGUGGACGACCAUUUUUCUGGAACAUUAAGGCUAUGAUGGAUCAGCGUCAAAUAGGUCUAAGACAGCAUCACUGUAGACAUUGCGGUCAAGCAUUAUGCGCUAGAUGCACGUCUCAGCGCAUUCCGAUUCCAUCAAUGGGCUUUGAGUUUGAAGUUCGAGUUUGCGAUCCUUGUCACAUUCAAUUAAAAGCUGCCAACCAAACAUCUUUAGCAUCAUUUCACGAUGCUAAACACAGCAUUGUUUAUAUGAAUUUAGACGUUCCACGACGGAGGCUAUUAACUGUAGGACAAGAUCGUAUGAUUAAAAUGUGGGACGUGACGGCUCUGCUUCAAUAAAUUCAUCCUCUGACUUGGCCUUAGUGCGACAGAAUUAAAUGAUACUCUCAUAGCCUCUCCUCUUGACGAAUCAGUGCAUUUUUUGUAUGAGUCAUGGUGACUAUGAACAAAAUUAAAAUACAUCAACUAUGCAAUAUAAUGUAUUUUAUUAAAUUUUAUAUCGAUUUUUUUUUUAAUGAAUUCAAUUAUAAAUGAAGAUAAAUUAAAAAGUUAUGUAGUUAAAAGAACAAUUUAAACUUUAAGCGUCAUUAUUUAAGGUGAAUAAAAUAAAGUGCUAUUUUGCGUGAAAUAUUUUUGUUAAAAAUUGCGAUAUUCCAAUCUUGAAAUUUACAAAACAAGCAACCACCAUCGCUGGGAUCAAAAUCAAAAUUAUUUCACUUGCUUUCUGAUCUGUAAAUUAAAAAAUAAUUAAGGAAGCAUUAACACAACUAGUAUAACUACAACGCACUUUAUAAUUAUUCCCUAGUCGAUCUAAUUGUUAUUAAUAUAAUUGUUUUGUAUCGACCAUAAUGCUAUUAUGUAUAAGCACUAAUUUUUAUCAUAUUAUACCGCAAAAAGGAACUGUCCCUCAGCUCCGCGGUAAGAUAACUCCGUCUUUCGGCGUAGGAUUGGUGAAAAAUUUUAUUCAACCUAGGGGAGGAAACAAAAAAGUCUCGGAUCAUAGGCAAUUGACACCCUAGGCUAAGCUGAGAUUUCUUUUUUUUUCCUCCAUAAGUGCGUAAUUGUUUACUAUUAAGGUACAAGCUAUAUGCGUUGUUCUAAAUCAUUGUUGAUUCUAUAAAAAAUCAAAAUAUUUUAUAAAUUUUCAGUAGCCACAAAAAUGAUCUUCCUAACAAAUUACGUAUAAAUUAUGAUUGCUGAUUGUUAUAUAUAUGAUGUUUUAAAGUUACGAAAAUAACACGUAUAUGUGAGGCAUUUGUAAAGUGUAUAUGUUGUACCGGAAUAUAGAUUUCAAUGUAUAUCUAAGUAUGUAUAUGUUAUAAUGCUUCACAAUGUCACGGUAAAUUAACGUGAUUGAAAAAACGAAAAGGCGAUGGCUGUUAACUGUUACGCGAUAGUGUUAUUUAGUUUUCUAUAUAAACAAAAAAAAAUAUAUGAAUUAUAUAUGCGUUAUCGAUUCAUAUUUUUGAAUUUGAUCAUAAGUCCGUUUGUUAAAUCAUUGUAUUUACACGUGUACUAUGAUUGCUUACGUAUUACAAAUUCUGUCCUGCAUAAAACACGAUACACAAUAAUACAGUUACUAAUAUCACGAUAUCUCACGUGUAAAUAAUAAGUGCAAUCUAAAAUUAUAGAUUAUGUAUUUAAAAGAAUUGGCAAUGAUAUACAUAAAAAAAAAGAUGACUAUAUUUUUUAAUAUGUUUCAAUGAUUUUUAUCGUUGGGUUCAUAAUUGAAAAAUCAGAGGAUUCAAUAUCUAACUUCUUAACACUCAAUAUCCUAUUUGUUGUUAAUACUAAUAUAAUACUAAAAACUAUGAGACAGAGAAUCAUCAUUUGGAUUAAAUUAGUUACUUCGAAAAUUAAAUGUUUACACGUAAGAAAAGUAAAAGUAUAAAAUAAAUCAUAGACAACUCAACGCUUGAUUUUAUGUAGAAAACCUCUGCCGAUCUUUCAGCGUAAAGCAAGUGUACAACCUUUUAAGCUGACAUUUGUUAUUGACUACAUAAAAUGCUUACUAGCUAAUUGUUCGACAUAUAAAAAUGGUUGCCUUCUGUAAAACCACUCGCAAAGGACGAAAAAAAUAUACAUACUAGUGAUGCAUGUAUACUUUGAAGUGCAAAGCGUACGUUUGCUGAAAACUAUACGGGUAUAAAUAUAUUUUGAAAAUAGAUGUGAUUACGUGGAGGUGAUAAAAAAUAUGCAAGUAAAUGUGAGAUUACUUAAUAGACACACCUAUUAAAAAGAAAAAGAAAAAAAACACAGUUAAUCAAUGGAUGCAUACAGCGUAAUUGUAUCACUUGUGACUCUAAAAGGCUUGUAAACACUGAAAAAUACAUAUUGCCAUAUGAAAUAACGGGUCACGAGGGAGAAAAAAAAAGUUUUCUAUUUGAUCGCGAAAAAUCGUGGUUUCACGCAGCGACUCACUAGACUCAACGUAAUUUAUACAGAGUAUAUGUGUUGUACCCUACUCUAUAU